UUUAACUUUUGAGCGAGUAGUAGUAAAAUAAGAACAAUUAAAAUGUUUCGGUAUAUUGCUUUUUCCGCGCUGCUGCUUUAUAUGCUGGUGCAAACGAAACGGGUUGAAUCAACUACGCUUAGCACCCGUCUGGAGUACAAGACAAUAGAUUUCGUGCCGCAGGAAUAUGUAGCUAAGUUAAAACCGUUCGAAUUAAUUGGUCGUAAGUUUUAUUUCAUUGCAAGCAAGGAACUCAACUGGUUUCAAGCGGCACAGGAAUGUCGACAAAAAGGCGGUAAUCUAAUUAGCCUGCAAAUGGAAGAGGAAAGGCUACUUGUUGGCCUUCGACUGAAUGUGAGUCAAAGCUAUUGGCUGGACAUAAAUCGACUGGGUCAAGAGGAAUAUGUUUCGCUUACGACGGGUCUACAGACUGGCUAUGAGAAAUGGAUCGAUGAGGAUGUGCAUGUGAAGGACCCUCAUGAAAUAGAUGAAGAAUUAAACUGUGUGGUCUUAGUAAGCGAUUACAAAGAGGGUUUUGUGAUGAAGCAGGCGCAAUGCCAGGAAAAAGCAAACUUCAUUUGCCAACUAUCCUCACCACGCACAAUUUCCAUUGUGGUGUGGUAGUGUUUAAUUAAAUUAAAUUAUAAUCAUGCCCGAACAAAUUCAAGUUUCGACCCAGUCAAGACUCAUUUCGUAAAUCUGGUUAAAAUAUUAAAAAUCACUUCAUUCUUAGUUAUUAACAUGCUUUUGAUAAUACAUAUUUGUUUAAAAAAUAAAAAAUACAUCUACUUAUGAUGACAAACACCACAGAAUUUAA